CCCCCCUCCCCCGGUAGAUUCUGCUCAACAUGCUGAUCAAGGAGUACCGAAUCCCCAUGCCCAUGAGCGUGGAUGAGUACCGCAUCGCACAGCUCUACAUGAUCCAGAAGAAGAGCCGUGAGGAGACGUGCGGCGAGGGCAGCGGGGUGGAGAUCCUGGAGAACCGGCCGUACACGGACGGGCCUGGCGGCUCGGGCCAGUACACUCACAAGGUCUACCACAUCGGCAUGCACAUCCCCAGCUGGUUCCGUUCCAUCUUGCCCAAGGCUGCCCUGCGCGUGGAGGAGGAGUCCUGGAACGCCUACCCCUACACCCGCACACGGUACACCUGCCCCUUCGUGGAGAAGUUCUCCAUCGACAUUGAAACAUACUACAAGCCCGACACGGGGAACCAGGUGGAUGUCUUCAAUUUAUCACCCGCAGAGAGGAGACAGAGGAGCCUAGACCCAAUUGACAUCGUGAAGGACCCCAUCCCCCCACAUGAGUACAAGGCGGAGGAGGACCCCAGGCUCUACAAGUCGGUGAAGACCCAGCGGGGCCCCCUGUCUGAGGACUGGAUCGAGGAGUUCAACAACAACCCUGGCAAGAUGCCCAUCAUGUGCGCAUACAAGCUGUGCAAGGUGGAGUUCCGCUACUGGGGCAUGCAGUCCAAGAUCGAACGCUUCAUCCAUGAUGUAGGGUUGCGGAAGGUGAUGGUGCGGGCCCACCGGCAGGCCUGGUGCUGGCAGGACGAGUGGUACGGCCUUACCAUGGACGACAUCCGGCAACUGGAGCUGGAGACACAGCUGAUGCUGGCGCAGAAGAUGGCCCAGUUCAGUUGCACGGAGGAGGGCGCCGAGGCCAACGGCGGGGCCUCUGCCCCCGACAAGGACCAGGAGGCCAAGGAGGCCAUUGGCUCCAUCGAGGCCGAGGGGCCACCCGUGGGCGUGACCGACACCCUGCAGACCCGCGGGGCUCUCACCAAGCAGUGGUCCACCUCCUCCAGGUCCUCCCGCUCAUCCAAGAGAGGUGGUAGCCCCUCCCGCCACAGCAUCUCUGAGUGGAGGAUGCAGAGCAUUGCACGGGACUCCGAGGACAGCUCAGAUGAGGAGUUCUUCGAUGCGCAUGAGGAUUUGUCAGACAGUGAGGAGGUUUUCCCCAAGGAGAUCACCAAGUGGAGCUCCAAUGACCUGAUGGACAAGAUUGAGGCGGCGGACACGGACGAGGCUCCAGGAGAGAUGUACCAGGAGUCAGCUGGGGAGUAUGCUGUGGCAGGCAGCAGGGAGAGGCUUAAUGAGAUACGCGGCUUUAUUAACCGCCCUGCCAGUAUCACUGCUGUUCCCAGCGUCAUGGUAACCAGCCCCUCGGCAGAUGGCUCUUCCCAGCCGACUCUGCAGCCCUCCAAGAUCCAUGUCCUCAUCCUGGUCCUCCACGGCGGGAACAUCCUGGACCCGGGUGGCGGCGACCAGAGCAGCAAGCAGGGCGACGUCAACACCAUCAGCAUGGCCUUCGAGACGGUGAUGCGCGUACACUACCCCGCCGCGCUGGGCCGCAUCGCCAUCCGCCUGGUGCCCUGCCCCGCAAUCUGCGCCGAGGCCUUCUCCCUGGUGUCCAGCCUGAGCCCCUACAGCUAUGAUGAGGGCUGCCUGUCUAACAGCCAGGACCACAUUCCACUGGCCGCUCUGCCACUGCUGGCCACAUCCUCUCCUCAGUACCAGGACGCCGUGGCGACUGUCAUCAUGCGGGCCAAUCAGGUGUAUGGUGACUUCAUCAAAUCCUUGGAGGGAGCCACCUUCUCCGGGCAGGUGUGCCUGAUCGGGGACUGCGUGGGCGGGAUCCUGGGCUUUGACGCCCUGUGCAACAGCAACCAAACGGUUUCUGAGAGUCAGAACAGCAGCCGGCGGGGCAGUCUGGUGAGUGUGCAGGAUAACGACCUCCUCUCCCCCGGGAUCAUCAUUAACAGCAGCUACUGUUCGGCGUCAUCCUCCCUGGAGAGCAGCCGGCACCUGAGCCGCAGCAACAUCGACAUCCCCCGCUCCGGCGGCCCCGACGACCCAAAGAAGCCACUGCCCCGCAAGAGGAGCGACUCCUCCACCUAUGAGCUGGACACCAUCAAACAGCACCAAGCCUUCCUGUCCAGCCUGCACUCCAGUGUCCUGCGGAAUGACCCCGGCUCACGCAGGUCCAGCAGCAGCACCAUGCUGGAGGGCAGUUCUCUGGGGAAGUUGGACUUUGAAGUGUCUGAUUUCUUCCUGUUUGGAUCCCCACUGGGCCUGGUCCUGGCGCUAAGGAAGACAGUCAUCCCACUCCUGGACGUGCCCCAGCUUCGCCCAGCAUGUCAGCAGGUCUACAACCUGUUCCACCCGGCUGACCCCUCAGCAUCACGUCUGGAGCCACUGUUGGAGAAGAAGUUCCACCUUUUGCCCCCCUUCAGUGUGCCCCGCUACCAGCGAUUUCCACUGGGAGAUGGCAAUUCUGCACUGCUGGUGGAGACAGUCCAGAGCAACCCUCAGCUCCUGCUGGAGAGUGGGGGCUCCCUCUCCACGCGCUACCAGGAGGGCGUCAGCGAGACCUGCAUCCCCGUGCCCGUGCUAAACUGGCAGGAUGGCUCCCUUAAGGCCCCGCCCACCCCAGUGGAGUCAGAUGUUGUUCAGUCUCAUGGUGGUGUCUUCGUGGACAGUUCGUACCCCUCCUCCCCCAUUACUGCCCCCCCCUGCCGGGGCCCGCGGAGGGCCAGUGAGGUCAGCAUUGCCAGCCAGGUCUCAGGAUUGGCAGACAGUUACACUGCCUCCAACAUAGCCAACAUUGCGGCUCGCUGGUGGGGCACCAAGCGCAUCGACUUUGCCCUCUAUUGUCCUGACGCCUUGACAGCCUUCCCCACCGUGGCACUGCCACACUUGUUCCACGCAUCAUACUGGGAAUCCACCGACGUGGUGUCCUUUCUGCUCCGACAGGUCAUGAGACAUGAGAACUCUAGCAUCCUGGAGCUGGAUGGCAAGGAGGUGUCGGAGUUCACCCCUUCCAAACCCCGUGAGAAGUGGCUUCGGAAAAGGACUCAUGUCAAGAUCAGGAACGUGACAGCCAAUCACCGGGUCAACGAUGCAGUAUUCACGGAGGAUGGGCAACAGGUGGUGACCGGACGCUUCAUGUACGGCCCGCUGGACAUGGUCACUCUUGCCGGGGAGAAGGUGGACAUCCACAUCAUGACUCAGCCUCCAUCAGGGGAGUGGGUGUACUUUGACACAGAGCUGACCAACAGCAGCGGCCGUGUCUCCUACGUCAUCCCCGAAAGCAAGCGGCUGGGCAUUGGGGUGUACCCAGUCAAGAUGGUGGUCAGGGGCGACCACACCUUUGCAGAUAGCUACCUGACAGUGCUGCCCCCAGGGACAGAGUUUGUGGUGUUCAGCAUUGACGGCUCCUUUGCCGCCAGCGUCUCCAUCAUGGGAAGUGACCCCAAAGUGCGGGCCGGAGCAGUGGAUGUGGUCAGACACUGGCAGGACCUGGGGUAUCUGAUCAUCUAUGUGACGGGGCGGCCGGACAUGCAGAAGCAGCGUGUGGUGGCCUGGCUGUCCCAGCACAACUUCCCCCACGGCAUAGUGUCCUUCUGUGACGGGCUCGUCCACGACCCCCUGAGGCACAAGGCCAACUUCCUCAAGUCGCUCAUCUCUGAGGCUCACAUGAAAAUCUUCGCUGGGUAUGGGUCCACCAAGGACAUCUCCGUGUACUCCUCCAUCGGCCUGCCCCCCUCUCAUAUCUACAUCGUGGGAAGACCCACCAAAAAGAUGCAGCACCAGUGUCAGUUCAUCACUGACGGCUACGCCGCCCACCUCUCCCAGCUGGAGUACAACCACCGCUCGCGCCCCGCCAAGACGGCCAGCACCCGCAUGGUCCUGCGCAAGGGCAGCUUCGGCCUGGGCGCCAACGGCGACUUCCUGCGCAAGCGGAACCACCUGCUGCGCACCAUCUCCUCGCAGCCGACGGGUGGCGGCGGUGGUGGCGUCGUGGGCGGCCACGCCCGGCCCGAGCGCACGCAGAGCCAGUCGGACAGCGAGCGCGAGCGUGAGCGCAUGGAGCGCGUGCAGCGCAGCAUGAGUAUCGCCGCCAGCUGCUGGGGCCGCAGCGGCAGCACCAAGCUGGAGCCCGGCGCCCUCAGCCACAAGUAGGGCCUGGGUGGGGGGGUGCGGGGAAUGAGA